CAAAUCUCUCUCUCUUUUCGUAAUUUCAGAAUCUACAUGGUCAUUGUGGUAGCUUCCACUUUUUCCUCUGAAGACAUGCAAAACCAAAGUGUUGUGACUGAGUUCAUCCUUUUGGGACUUUCACAGAAUCCAAAUGUUCAGAAAGUCUUAUUUGUUGUAUUUUUGUUCAGCUACAUUGCAACUGUUGGGGUCAAUUUGCUCAUCGUUGUGACCAUUGUCAGCAGUCCAGCACUCCUGGGCUCCCCCAUGUACUUCUUUCUGGCUUUCCUGUCCUUCCUGGAUACAUGCUUCUCCUCUGCCUUUGCCCCAAAGAUGGUAGUAGACACACUUUAUGAGAAGAAAACCAUCUCCUUUGCGGGCUGCAUGACCCAACUCUUUGCUGAACACUUCUUUGCUGGAGUGGAGGUGAUUGUCCUCACUGCCAUGGCCUAUGACCGCUAUGUGGCUAUUUGCAAGCCCCUGCACUACCCCUCUAUCAUGAACUGGAGGCUCUGUGGCAUCCUGAUGGGGGUGGCCUGGACUGGGGGCUUCUUGCACUCUGUGAUACAAAUUCUCUUCACUUGCCAGCUGCCCUUCUGCGGCCCCAACGUCAUUGAUCACUUUUUAUGUGAUUUAUACCCUUUAUUGGAGCUUGCCUGCACUGACACUCAUAUCCUUGGCCUUUUUGUGGUGGCCAACAGUGGGUUUAUCUGCCUCAUAAUCUUCUUCUUGUUGCUUACCUCCUAUGGUGUCAUCCUAGUGGCACUGCGAACUCAUAGCUCUGAAGGUCAGAGGAAAGCUCUCUCCACAUGUGGUUCGCACAUUGCUGUUGUGGUGUUGUUCUUUGUCCCUUGCAUUCUUACGUAUGCACGACCUCCAGCUUCAUUCUCCUUUGACAAGAUGGUGGCCCUGUUUUUCACCAUCCUAUCUCCCCUGCUCAAUCCUUUGAUUUAUACUUCCAGGAACAAGGAAGUGAAAAAUGCCAUGAGGAAAAUGUGGACCAGAUUACGUUUAGUUUUGGAGGGAAAAUAA